CUCCACUCUCCCUUCGAGCCUUCCCUAGCUCGAGCCUCUGCUGCCUGCUGUUGCCUCGAGGCUGUCCCAUUUUGGGAUAUGAGCUGGGGGUCUCAGCGAGGCUCUAAAAGGCAAGCCACCCAACUGGCAACCGAACGGGAAAUUGAAUUCAUCAAUCAUGCAAUCAUUGAGUUCAUCACCCAUACAAUUCUUCCCCAAUCUCCCAUUCCCUUGACUUCAACAGGUUGUCAGCUAAGAGAAAGAUUGUUUCAUCGCGUGCUUGCUGCCUAGUUCUAUUUGUUUGUUCGUUCAUUCGUUCAUUCAUUCAUUCAUUCAUUCAUUCAUUCCUUCUUUAAGGCUGUCUCCGUUGUACAGCCAACGCCCAGCGCAGACCGGCGUCUCCUUCACGACGUGAUCAUCGUGCUCGUCCUCAUUUUCGACCUGCGACUCAACUGGUCUCUCAACUCUUGGCAGAACCAACCCAUUUCUGUCCUCUGUCUCUCUCCUCUCUCUACAGUUGUAUCAUGCCCAUGCUUUGAUACCCAAGUUCAUCAUCGACCUUAUCACACCAGUCACAAAGACGGUCAACAGUCAGCAGUCCAAAAAAAAAAAAAAAAAAAAAAAAAAAAAAAAAAAAAAAAAAUGCCGGCGGCCAAGAAAGCCACCAAACGCGGUGGUGCGGCCAACUCUGCCUCAGCUGCAACUUCCGCUGGCACCCCACCGCUGGAUGGCUGCUGUGUCGCCUUUAGUGGCAAUUUCCCAGGGCAGACACAAGCCUCACUCCUCACCCAUGCCGCUCGCCUCGGCGCGCAAACGAGCAAGUCCGUCAGUCAGGACGUGACGCACCUCAUCUCCACUCAAAAUGACUGCGACAAGCCGUCCACCAAGUGCAUUCAGGCCAUCGACCGUGGAAUUGCCCUUGUGAGCCUGGACUGGCUGCUCCAGUCCGAAUCGCACGAUGCUAAACAGCCAGAGGCCAAUUUCGCCCUGACAACCACUAAAGGAUCUCCUGCCGCUACGCCCGCUCCGGAUCCUGCCGCCCAACAGGACCCCAAGAAGCGGUCGGCAUCGGACAGCACGGCCCCUGAUCCCAAGAAGGUGAAGCUGGAUGCCAAUGGCAAGGAAAUCCCGACCUUUGGCAGCGCACAGAUUGCCAAGAACUCGGCUGUUCGUGUCGAGGUGGAUGAGGGCUGUUCACUGACUGGCUAUACCGUACACAUCGGCGAUGAUAGUGUCAUCUGGGAUGCCUCGCUCAACCAAACAAAUGCAGGUGAGAAUCACAACAAAUUUUACCGCAUCCAGCUGCUGGUUGGUCCUGGGGGACACUGCCAGACCUGGACCAGGUGGGGUCGAGUGGGCGAGCCGGGACAGAGCGCAGUGCUGGGUGAUGGCUCCAUGGCCAGCGCAAAGCAGAACUUUGAAAAGAAAUUCAAGGACAAGAGCGGGCUGGCCUGGGCCAACCGUACGGAUCCCCCCAAACCCAAGAAAUACUUCUACAUCGAGCGCAAUUACGACCCUGACUCGGACGACGAUGAUGGUCCUGGUGCAUCAAAUGCGGAUGCCGUCGAGGAGCGCAAGGCACCACGCUGCACCUUGGAUCCCGAGGUGAAGAAGCUGGUGCAGCUGAUUUUCGACCCCAAGCUGUUCGCAGCGACCAUGUCGGAUAUGAGAUAUGACGACAAGAAACUCCCUCUCGGCAAGCUCAGCAAGGCAACCAUCAUGAGAGGCUACGAAGCCCUGAAAGAGCUUUCCGAUCUCAUCGGCCCAGCCAGCAAUGCGGCAGACGACGAUUCCAUUGAGGCCAUUUCCAAUCGUUACUACUCCCUCAUCCCUCACGUUUUUGGUCGAAAUCGGCCUCCAGUCCUCAACAAUAUGGUCAUGGUGAAGCGGGAAAUUGACCUUCUCGACGCCCUGUCUGAUCUGAAGGAUGCUAGCAACAUCAUGAAGGGCGGCGCCGACGAGCAGGAUCCCGUCCACCCGCUCGACCGACAGUUCCAGGGUCUGAAGUUGCAGGAGAUGACGCCUCUCGAUCCCCAAGGCAGCGAGUUCGAGUAUCUAAAGACGUAUCUCAUGAACACUCGCGGCGUGACGCACAAUGCCAACUACCGGAUCGAGAACAUCUUCCGCAUCGAGCGCCAGGGUGAGAAGGACCGUUUCAACCAGAGCGUUUUUGCCGGGCCGGCUCGUGACCGGCGCCUCCUGUGGCACGGUUCUCGCGCCACCAACUUUGGUGGUAUUCUAAGCCAAGGCCUGCGCAUCGCUCCACCUGAGGCUCCCGCCACGGGAUACAUGUUUGGAAAGGGCGUCUAUCUGGCCGACAUGUCAAGCAAGUCCGCCAAUUACUGCUAUCACCGCAUCUCGAACGGCACGGCUCUGCUGCUCUUGUGCGAGGCCGAGCUGGGCACACCCAUGCUGGAGCUUACCAGCUUCAACUACACCGCGCCUGAGGAUGCUGCAGCCAAUGGUUGCUGGUCCACGUUUGGGAAGGGAGGCACGAGCCCGUCUGUAUGGGAAGAUGCUGGCUGCAUCCAUCCGUCGCUGCAGGGCGUCAAGGUGCCAGAUACAAAGGCUGCGCCGCCUAAACGGAACGACAGCAUCGCCUCCUCAUUGGUUUACAACGAGUACAUCUGUUACGACGUUGCACAGAUCCGCCUCCGGUAUCUCUUCCGUGUCAAGAUGUGAGUGAGCGCUGAUCUCAAGAAUGUCCUAGAAGAGAGGACGAUGGGUGAAAGAAUACUUUGGUAUUUGCGAACGGCCAAAAUUGCAGGAAGGAGAAGAGACGGCUCGUGUCUCCAAGGAAACAGAUCAACUUCUUGCUGUCCUCUAUGGGAAGAGGUAUCUAUCUUAUGACUGAGCUUCACGAAAUAAAAAAAGGAAGCACGGGUGAGAGAAAAGUUAACUUUGACAGCCUGAUAUCAAAUCUGUAACUCAAUCUUGGUAAAUUCACAAAGUAGAGC